CAGACCUGCAGGGCUCAGAGGAACAAGAGAUCCUGAGAGAUGGUGGGAUGGUGAGUGAGAAUGAGGAACAGACCCCUCAGCAGAAGGAUGCUGAGCAUGUGGAACUGCACAGGGUACUGCUGCGAAGAUCCAAACGGAAGGUGUCCGGAAGUCAUGAGCAGCAAAAAAGUUGUGAGAGUCAGCACAGGCCAGAGAGGCAGCAGACAAAGCAGCGAGAAGAGAAAGUGGGCAAAUCCAUUAAUAGUCAGGGAACUCACAAGGACCUCAAGGGAACCACAGCCCAGCACAAAAUCCUCACGAGAGAGAGAAAAAACACCUGCACUGAGUGUGGGAAAAACUUCCGUAGACGUGCAGACCUUAUUAAUCAUGAGAGAAUCCACACGGGAGAGAGACCUUAUGAAUGUAGUCAGUGUGGGAAAACAUUCACUCAGAGUUCAGCCCUUACUAGGCAUCAGAGAAUCCAUACAGGGGACAGACCCUAUGAAUGCUGUGAAUGUGGGAAAAACUUCUCUGACAAAUCAACCCUUAUUCAGCAUCAGAGAAUCCACACAGGGGAAAGACCAUAUAAAUGCAGUGAAUGUGGGAAAAGCUUCACCGACAGCUCAGCCCUGAUUCAACAUCAGAGAAUCCACACGGGGGAGAGACCCUAUAAAUGCGGUGAGUGUGGGAAAAACUUCACUCAGCGCUCAACCCUUAUCACACAUCAGAGACUUCACACAGGAGAGAGACCUUAUGAAUGCUGCGAGUGCCAGAAAAACUUUAGUAAUUGUUCAGCGCUUAUUUAUCAUCAGCGAAUCCACACAGGAGAAAGACCCUAUGAGUGCUGUGAGUGCGGGAAAACCUUCACUGACAGCUCAACCCUUGUUACGCACCAGAGAAUCCACACAGGAGAGAGACCCUAUGAAUGCCGCGAGUGUGGGAAAAGCUUCACUGCCAGCUCAACCCUUGUUACACACCAAAGAAUCCAUACUGGGGAGAGACCCUAUGAAUGCUGUGAGUGCGGGAAAAGCUUCACUCAGCGCUCAACCCUUAUUACGCAUCAGAGAAUCCACAUAGGCGAGAGACCCUACAUAUGCUAUGAGUGCGGGAAAAGUUUCACUGACACCUCAACCCUUAUCACGCAUCAAAGAAUCCACAGCGGAGAGAGACCGUAUGAAUGCGCUGAGUGCGGGAAAAGCUUCACUCAGAGCUCAGCCCUUAUUACGCAUCAGAGAAUCCACAGCGGAGAGAGACCCUAUGAAUGCUGUGAGUGCGGGAAAAGCUUCACUCGAAGCUCAGCCCUUCUUUACCAUCAGAGAAUCCACAAGAGAUAGGAACACCAUAAAAACCUUGUCUAGAGCUGACAAAAGAUUUUAGUAUCUUUAAUAGUUUUGCUAAUUGCCACAUAGUGAAUUUUAAAACUAUUUGCACAAUUUCCUUCACUGUGGUCCCUCAGCUCCCACAUGCGAAUUGUCUGUUUUUGCCUUCUGCAGCUCCAUCUUUCUGGCGGUGAAUCCCAUGGUCCUUUCUGUCAACUCCAUAGUCCUUUGGGUCAUGGGAAUUUGUGACCCUCCUACAAGGGAUGUUCAUCACCUCCAGUUCGGGGAGAUACACAGGUGAUGUCAACUAGCUAUAUCAAGGUCAAAUCUGCUUGGUUUCAUCUCCACUAGGAUUUUCCAUGGAGUUGGCUAGCUUGAGUUAUCUAUCAUGAUGUAGAAACCUAACUUGUCUUGCAGUAAGGACAUAACCCACGUACAGUCUCCAGGUUAUCCUCAUGUCCUGACCUAACCUCCUUUUCCUAGUCUAAGCAAACCUGCAGGAAGGAUCAAAUUUAAACUCUUAUUUCCACUGCAAAAUGAUUGUUCAAGCCUCCGAGUUCUCCCUUUGGCACAGAUUGCCCACACAUUGCCUUGGGGUGUGCUGAACAAGAAUUGUUUUCGUACCCUUUUUCUCAUAUGAAAUAGAUUUAAAUAUAACA